AUGUCUCCAACAACCCACGUAGCCGCCGCUAACCAAUCUUUCCGCGAUCUGUCGGAUAAGAUUGAACAUAUCCUUGGGCAAGCCUGCCAGUUGCAGCCCAAGGAUUCGAACCAUAUCUCACUUGCCACCAACAUGGCGCAGGCAAUAACUGAGGUCUUCAUGACACACGGCGCUUUGGUGACAGUCUUGUCACCAUUAAUCCUGUCGGCUGCUGCCGAAUUGCAGGAGCACGUGGAUGGCGACAACUCCGGCAUCAGCAGCCCGCCUGCCAUCCCCUCUUCCCCGCCACACUCCAUUAUGGAAAAGCAGCGCGGCAAGUCCAGGGCUAUCAUCAUGACCGAUGAUGAGCUUGAUGAGGACUCUGAUGAGGUGGCCCCACCGCCAACUAAACCCAAAGUUGCAGACCCACCGUCUCGCAAAUCCGACCGGUAUGUAGAGGUCACUACCGAGGACGAGAUGGACGCCGAUGAAGAGCGCGUUAUCACGGUCGCGCCGAAGAUGGGCGCUAAGAAAAUUACCAACUUUUCAGGUGCCAUCUUGGCGGAAGAUGAGUUCGCCGAUACUUUGGCGCCCACAUGGGCUCCUCGCUGUGGCCAAUGUGUGGCCCGCAAUCUCAUCUGCCGUCAGGGCUUCAACAAGAAUAACGGCUGGACAUUGAAGGUUUGUGCGCUGUGCAGCCGCCUCAAGAUUUGUUGCGGUGGGAAAGGCUCCAACCCUCCCUCAGCCAAAGGCAAGUCCUCGGCUGCCCGCCGAGCGCAUUCUCAGUCCCGGCGCCGCCCUUCGCCGAUACAAGAAGAUCCAGCUCCAGACGCCAGCCCGUUGGUCGAGGAAGAGCCGGUGCCUCCUGCAACACCGGCGGUUGCCAAUCCCGAGUCGUCCCAAACGCUGGACGAUCCCGAGGCCGCCAGCCCAUCAUCCAUCUUGCCGCCAUCCUGUGUCGCCCAUGACCAGGAAAUGGAAGCGCUGAAGCUGGAAGUUGCCAGGCUUCGUUCGACCGUCGAAGUCCUGGUAGCGCAGGUGGUGGCAGGCGACCAGCUGCUACAAGCUGCGUACACGCGCUUGGAUGCGCAAGACAACCGCACUGAUCUGCUCGCCGGCAAGAUCGCCGACAUUCACCGCCUCAUCAAUCCACCUUCCUUGGCGCCCCCCACAGAUAUCGCCGCUGAUGAGUCUGAUGAGUUGGCUGCUGGUCCAGCCAAUGACGAGGAUUUGGCAUGCUUGCCAAUCGCCAUCAAGACUCCUGAGGCGGAGGACUCUAAUGUUUCUGGUGAGCCGGCAAUGUAA